UCUGGCGGAUCUCAGGGUCUCCCUCUGCACCCGCACAGCAUCAGGGUCAUGGCACCCCGACCUAGGCGACAGGACUGCGCAGGGGCGAGACGAGAGUCCUGGACGCCCCGGUUUCCCCGGGAGGCGGCGGCGACGGCGGCGGCGCUGGGCCCGGGUCCUCCGGGCAGCCUCCGGCCGGCGCUGACAACCACCGCCACGCAGCCCGCGGUCCAGGCCUGGAUGACGCUUGAGAAUGUGGCCAUGUUCUUCUCCCAGGAGGAGCUGGGGUUUCUCAGUCAGGCCUAGAGGCUUCUCUACCUUGGUGUGAUGCUGGAGAACUUUGCACUUAUAAACUCAGUGGGCUGUGGGCACAGAGUCCAGGAUAAAGAGGCAUCUUUGAGGGGAGUGUCACACUUGGAGUCUGCCAGGACUGGUCCAUUCCUCCCCGAGACUCACCCCUGCCACACCUGUGCCUCCGUCUUGAAGCACAUCUUACAGCUGGCUGCUCCUCCUGGGCCAGAGCACUGCUUGGUGGCAGUGUAUACAAGCCAGCCUCAGCAUCACAGAGAAGAGAGAGCUCUGGAAAACGGCAUGGCCGGGACUGUGUCUCUAAAGAGCUAUGGAUUUGGUAUGUCAGGGAAGCCAUGUGAUUGUAAUGGUCUGUGGAAAGAGCUCUCGGAUUAUCCAGACCUUCUGCAGCUCUGUGUCAUUCCUAAAGGUGAGGAGCCAAACAAUGCUGAGCAUGGGGGGUGGGCCUUACACCACGGGAAAAGUCAUGACAGGGCUAUGUCCGGCCAUAACCUUACCAUCAACACACCAGAAAAUCCUGGUGAGCCCAGCAAACAUGGGGGUGCAUUCCAUGGUGAGCCCCAGCAGAGGCACACUGGGGAGAAGCCUUACAAGUGUCGGGAGUGUUGUAAAUCUUUUAAGGAAAUCUGUGCGCUCACUGUACACUGGAGAGUCCUCACCACAGAGAGGCCUUAUGAGUGCCAGGCAUGUGGGAAGUCAUUUAAGGAAGUCUGUGCGCUCACUGCACACCAGAUUGUCCACACGGAGGAACGGCCUUACAAGUGCCAGGCGUGUGGGAAGUCAUUUAAGCGAGGAGGUACCCUUGCUGCCCACCAAAGUGUUCACACGGGAGAAAGGCCCUAUAUUUGUGGUGAAUGUGGGAGAUCAUUUACUUGGCAUGCCCACCUCGAAAGUCACUGUAGAAUUCACACAGGAGUGAAGUCUCAUGAAUGCAGCAAAUGUGGGAAAACCUUUAGGCAGAAGUCUGUUCUCCUUAGGCAUCAGGUGAUUCACAAUGGAGAAAGGCCUUACAAGUGUUUAGAAUGUAGAAAAUCCUUCAAACAAGAACGGGACCUCACUAUGCACCGGCGAGUCCACACCGGAGACAGGCCUUAUGAGUGCAGAGAGUGUGGGAAGUCCUUCAAGCAGAGAGAUGCUCUGACGGUACACCAGAGAGUCCACACUGGAGAGAGGCCCUAUCAAUGUGGUGAAUGUGGGAAGUCUUUCACUCAGCGUGCAAACCUUCUUGGGCAUUCCAGAAUUCAUACCGGAGAAAGUCUUAUGCGUGUAGUGAGUGUGGGAAAGCCUUUAGGUACAGAGCCAAUGUUGUUCAUCACCAGGAAACCCACAAAGAGAAAAGGCCAUACGAGUGUAGCCAGUGUGGGAAAGGCUUUAACCAGAGAGCUCAUCUCAUUAUUCAUGGGCGGGUCCACACUGGAGAAUGUCCUUAGGAGUGUGAGCAAUAUGGGAAAGUCUUUGGGCACAAAACAAGUAUUAUUCGUCACAGGAGAGUGCAAAGUGAGGGAAAGCUCCAGAGUGUGUUCAGCAUAG